ACUCAGCUCUACAGCUUCCAAUUGUUCUCAACAAGAAAAAAUGGCGAACCCUAAAUCACUCUCAGUGAUUCUUCUUCUCUCGCUAUUGGCGAUCGCAUCGGCUGAAAUCAUCUUCGAGGAGCGCUUCGAAGAUGGAUGGGAGAGCAGAUGGGUAAAGUCUGAUUGGAAAAAAGAUGACAAUACAGCUGGGGAGUGGAAUUACACUUCUGGAAAAUGGAACGGUGACGCCAAUGAUAAAGGUAUCCAAACAAGUGAAGAUUACAGGUUUUAUGCUAUUUCAGCUGAAUAUCCUACAUUCAGCAACAAAGAUAAGACUUUAGUCUUCCAAUUUUCCGUCAAGCAUGAGCAGAAGCUUGACUGUGGUGGUGGUUACAUGAAGUUGCUUAGCGGUGAUGUUGACCAGAAGCAAUUUGGCGGUGACACUCCAUACAGCAUUAUGUUUGGACCUGAUAUCUGUGGCUACAGUACCAAGAAAGUCCAUGCCAUUCUUAACUACAAUGAUACAAACCAAUUGAUUAAGAAGGAAGUUCCAUGUGAAACUGAUCAGCUAACUCACGUAUACACUUUGAUUAUCCGUCCAGAUGCUACUUAUAGCAUCCUUAUCGACAAUGUGGAGAAGCAGACUGGUAGUUUGUACACUGAUUGGGAUCUUCUUCCACCCAAGAAAAUCAAGGAUCCUGAGGCCAAGAAACCUGAAGAUUGGGAUGACAAGGAAUUUAUUCCUGACCCUGAAGACGUUAAACCAGAGGGUUAUGAUGACAUUCCAAAGGAGAUUCCAGACACUGAAGCAAAGAAGCCUGAGGAUUGGGAUGAUGAGGAAGAUGGUGAAUGGACUGCCCCAACUAUUGCUAACCCUGAGUACAAGGGUCCAUGGAAGGCUAAGAAAAUUAAGAACCCCAACUACCAGGGCAAAUGGAAGGCACCAAUGAUUGAUAACCCAGAUUUCAAGGAUGACCCAGAACUCUAUGUUUACCCCAGCUUGAAGUAUGUUGGUAUUGAGUUGUGGCAGGUGAAAUCCGGAACCUUGUUUGACAAUGUCUUGAUUUGCGAUGACCCCGAGUAUGCCAAGAAAGUGGCAGAAGAGACAUGGGGAAAGAACAAGGAUGCUGAGAAGGCAGCAUUUGAGGAGGCCGAGAAAAAUAAAGAAGAAGAGGAGUCAAAGGAUGAGCCAGCUGAUUCUGAUGCCGAUGACGACGAUGAUGAUGUUGAUGAUGCUGAAGGAGAAGAUGAUGGUGAAGUAAAACCAGAUGCCGCAGAAGACAGUGGCGAUGACCAGGAUGAUGCACAUGAUGAACUGUAGAGAAGAAGUUGUGCUGAGGAUGAGCACAAUUAGCAGUGCUCCUAAAUUUUUCUGUUUUCUUUUUGAUUAUUAAAGUAGGAGCUCUUGUAGGGAAAGAUAAAUAGAAUUGGAAGGAGGUUGCAUGCAGGACCUGCAUGUCUGAUUGUUUUAGUCCUAAAAUCUUGUCCGAGCCGUAGAACAAAGAGGAUGCCUUUUUAUCAUCGAAUUUAUGAACUAGUUCCGAUGGUUUUGUUUCUUUUUCAAAUUUCAAAAUGCGCCAACGUAUCGGUAAUUUUAUAA